AUGGCCGAGCAUGCAGCACCGCCGUCCAAGCGAUGCAAACUCGACUACAAUGACACUAUCACGAUUCUCGCUGGCUCGACCGAGACUCCCUUUACCAUCCAUAAAGACGUUGUCUGUGCCAAGUCGGACUUCUUCGCGGCAGCAUACACUGGGAACUGGAGUGAGAAAACUGGGGGAGUCGUCAGACUUCCCACAGUAGAGGCAAACAUCGUCAAGAUGUACAUCCACUGGUGCUACGCCAACACAAUCGACGUGAGCCUACUCAGUUCUGUGCAUGAGCCAAGUUUUGAGCCAAUCGAGGACAAGACUUGCAAUCUCCGCUCAAUAACACGAGCUCUGAUCAGUCUCUACGUCGCCACUGAUAUGAUUCUUGAUGACAACCUCAAGGACUGCGUCAUGGAUGAGAUGAUGAAACGAUACAAGGGAAAGUCCUUGAAUUUCGAAUCCGGCGCGGUGCAGGAAAUGCUGGACACAAUCGGCACAAACUCGAAGAUGUACAUCUUCGUGGUCGACUAUUUCGCCCGCUGUAAAGUGCGAUGCUCGUCCGUUGAAGAUCUAGCCAAUUACCCUCCUCUCUUUCUCGCAGAUGUUGUAGUGAGGUUCAGUGAAGUUUCGGGCAAGGUAAAGGCAAAUGCGGAGCCUGGAUCAGAGACAGUAUGCCGCUAUCAUAUUUGCUGCAAGAAAGAGCAAAAUUGCGCCUUGUGA